UUUUAAGUUAUUUUGUAGCCAUUCAGCCAUUAAUGUUAUGUACAGUAAGAUUAGGGUGUUCAUGGUUGUGAAUGGUCCUGGAAGUCAGGUGGGAGGUGAGCCAAAUUCAACUGAUCGGUGUCCAACAAGUAGCUCAACGUAUAACAGCUUCUCAAUGCAUGUACCAAAUAAAUAUCAGUCAAUCCAACACCAGAGAAAUGGACCCCUUCUCCCAGCUGUUUAAUUUUUUUUUUUUUUACACUCCAAAAGAUUGCAAUCCUUCACAUUCAUCAAUCCAAACCCAGAAAAUGGAGUCAAUGAAAGCUUGGUAAUGAAAAGGAAUCCUAUCCUUUUCUUCUUUUAUAGAUAUUCUUUAACAGUAGUAAGAAAUGAACUACUGAUGGAGAAUUUGCAGAAUAAUAUGAGUGAAUUUCCGUUCAUGAUUUGCCCCUUCAACUCUAAUGCUUGUUAAUGCGUGCAGGAAAGGGACAAGUAAUAAAAAUAGGCAUGAAGUUAGUAGUGUGUAAUACAAAAUAUCAAAGUAUAGAGUAGUGUUGGGUUAUUGCAAGUAAAAAAGGAACUUAAAAUCUCAGCCAUGCAAUAAUAAUAGUACACAGCUUUAGGACAAGCAAAGAACAUAGAAAUACACCAAGAAGCUAAAAAACAAGGAAGGGAACAAAGAAAGAAACAAUGUCAGAAAUCUCUUUAUUAUUAUUAUUAUUAUUUCUCAUCCAUCUUGGAUCUCCUCUGACAACAAAACCCAAGAUCUUCUUCUGACAUAAAAUUCCAAAAUCCUUUUUUUUUUUCUCUUAUCCAGUUGCUUCUUUUUCUUUUUCUUUUUUCUAUCACUUUGAUCCCAGACCAAACUCUGUCUCCACCAAAUCCCAAGGUGCUUUUCCAGCUAAGUCUGUUGCUCAAACACGCCACACAGUGAAGGUGCCAAAAGCGAUUUAACUCAGAUUCAAGUUGAGUAAGCCCAUACCCAACUUUGCUCCUUUGUCUCAGACUUGUCAUCUACUCAGAUAAAUGCUGUCUUCUAUUUCUUUGGUUAUAUACUUCCACCUACUGGGAUUCUAGUAUAUUGUAGACCAAACAAAAAACUUGACCCCAGAUUGAAUCUUGGUCUUCCUGCUUACUCAAAAAUGGUUAAAUCCUGUUGGAAUCCAUCGGCUGAGGGUGAUUCUGGUGGGCGUGUUGAUGGUUUGUUGUGGUGUAAAGAUCUGGGGCAACAUAUGUAUGGCGAAUUUUCCAUGGCCGUGAUUCAAGCUAAUAGUAUGUUGGAGGAUCAAAGCCAAAUCGAAUCAGGGCCGUUGAGUUCGACUACUUCCGGUCCUUACGGGACUUUCAUCGGUGUUUAUGAUGGACAUGGUGGAACUGAAGCUUCCCGCUACGUCAAUGACAACCUUUUCAGCAAUCUUAAGUCAUUUGCAUCUGAGCAUCAAGAAAUAUCAGCAGAUGUUCUGAGAAAAGCUUUCUCAACAACAGAAGAGAACUUUCUUUCGCUUGUGAGGAAAGAAUGGCAUGUAAAGCCACAUGUGGCGUCUGUGGGAUCUUGUUGUUUGAUAGGGAUUAUCUGCAAUGGACUGCUAUAUAUUGCUAAUGCAGGUGAUUCCAGAGUGGUGUUAGGCAGAUCAGGAAGAGGAACAAAGCAAGCUAAAGCAAUGCAAUUAUCCGUAGAGCAUAAUGCAAGUAUAGAGACUGUAAGAGAAGAGCUUCGGUCAUUGCAUCCCAAUGAUCCACAUAUCGUUGUGAUGAAACACAGAGUUUGGCGUGUCAAGGGCUUGAUACAGAUUUCAAGGUGCAUUGGUGAUGCGUAUCUAAAGAAGGCAGAGUUCAACAAAGAGCCUCUUUUACCUAAAUUUAGACUGCCUGAACCCUUCCAAAAGCCGAUCCUUAGUGCUGAGCCAUCAGUGUUGGUACACAAACUACAACCAGAUGAUCAGUUUCUCAUAUUUGCUUCUGAUGGUCUGUGGGAGCACAUUAGCAACCAGGAGGCUGUAAAGAUUGUUCAGACUAGUCCGCGAAAUGGAAUUGCGAGGAGACUUAUCAAAGCUGCACUCAAGGAAGCAGCAAAAAAGAGAGAAAUGAGGUACUCAGACCUGAGAAAGAUUGAUAGAGGGGUGAGGAGGCAUUUUCAUGAUGAUAUCACAGUCGUGGUUGUGUUUAUAGAUCCCAACUUGAUCAAUGGGGGCUCCUCCUCCUACUUUCCAUUAUCGAUAAAAGGUGGACGACUAGCUGCUGGUGCCGGUGUCCCAUAGCCGGCAAAGAUUGGAGCAAAAUUUCUAAAAAUUUAUCCUCCAUGGCCAUGCUUAAAGAAGCAGAGGCAACAACUUUCUUUAGCAUUCCCAUCAAGGGUAAUAGUAUAGUAUAGUUUGAGACUGGUUAUUGCCAGAGAAACUUAGGAUCAUGAGACUGCAAGAUAAUCUGUAGAUAUGAUUUCCAUGUAAUUUAAUAGUUGAUUGUUUGCUCUCCUUCAAAAUGCAACUUUCUUUGCCACCAUUGCCGAUAA